CCCUUAGCAACAGCUGAGUGUAUCUACAGUAACAGCCCUGCUGGUAAAAUCAGCAUUUGGGUGUGGAGCCAUAUUCAAAGGAACAUUACAAAGUGGGACUUCAUUCAAGAUCUACAUGCAUGAUUCCUCAGGGAGCACUGCUAAAAGACUUGAAUGUCUGAAUGAGAGCAGUAAAAUCUGUUGGAUGUGUGAUGAAUGACAGGAGGAUGCAUCAAGCAGAGUGUGCUGCAGGGGAAAGCAUGUAUGUCCACAGCGAGCAGAAGAAGAACUUUCAGUCCAAACCGUUUCAUGAGAGCACAGUGUUCCCUUUGCUUCCACCAAGACCCCGGUCCGAUGGAGACACACUGCUUUCCUCCAGAGGCUCGAAACUCCUGAGCCUGCAAGUACAGGGGUUCUGCUGUCCCCUACAGCAGAGGCCCAGUAGUGGGAGGGUGACACACAGGGUGACACCAUCAAGCAGAGAUGGAGGAGAGGGGAGCCUGACAAUGUUAAGCAGUGUCAGGGGAAGGCUGGAUAGUACUGGGAGCAGACCUAAGAGGACUCCAGAAGGCAGACCUCCCACUGUAUGUCAUCCCAGAGAACCAGUCCGAAAAACAGCAGAAACUCGCACAACCCCCUGCAACAGGAAGAGGCAGGCUCGUCACGGACAUCCCGGCACCGUAAAGGUUUCCCAACUCCAUCUGUAUCUACCUUCAUCGCUCGGUGACGUUGAGGAGCAGGGCAGUGUGACAGAGGAGAUGAGGACUCCAGCAGAGGAGACCAACGCUCCGGAAUCCAAGGCCAAUCCUUCACACACCAGAGGAGACCAACCCAACACAGGACCGGACACUUUGCCCAGCACACCAUCUGAUAGCACGGCUGAGAGGCCAAGUUGCUGAAUCAGUGACUUCUUUCAAAUCCCUUCUUAAAACACAUUUUUAUAGACUUGCUUUCAUAUGAUGCAGUCUUUUUUAUCCUUUUUAUCCUUUUGCCUCUUCUCUGUUUAUUGCCACUCCUCCUAUAACUUGCUAUUUCCCCUUAUCUUCAAUCUAUUUUCUAAUUCUAUAUGUUUCCGUGUACCUUUAGAGCUGCUCCAUAUUUUAAUGUGUAUGCAUAGGUUUGUGUACUGAUGUGCUGUUUAUAUUCAUUUUAGUUUGUGCUUUAGUUUCUUCUGCUAAAGCACUAUGUAUGCUAUUUAUAUAGGUGUUGUACAAAUAAAACUUAGAAUUAUUAUAUCACAUAUACUGUAUAUAAUAAGUAUAAAGGACAACAAAUCUCAGAACUGAUAAGAGAUAAAAGGGCUCCACAAUAUGAGGAAACUAUCUAAUUGCAAUUAUUUUUGACUGAUGCUGCAAUUGCGAUAUGAUUCACGAUGAUGGAAGAAAUGAUCAUUUUUCGUAGCAUUAUUCUAAUUUUCUUUGGAA